AUGCCACCGAUUACACGUGUCGUCCAGAUUCAAUUCAAAGACGGCGUUGACGCUGACACGAGGAGAACCACCCUAGAGAAAGUUCGCGCAAUGAAAGUCAACUGUCUAAGCCGAGAGACAGGGCAGCCAUACAUCCAAUCCAUCAAAGUGGGCAAGGAUGUCUCUCCCGAGCCACUUAAUAACGGCUUUACACAUCAAUUUAUCCUGGAAUUUAAUAGCGAGGCCGAUCGCGAUUACUAUUCUUCGCGGGAUCCUGCGCAUCAGGCUGUGAUAGCAGGCCUGGGGCCGGUUCUUGAGAAAAUACAGAUUCUGGAUAUUAUCGAUGGAGAGAUAUAA